GUGGGAGGGGGGGUUAGCGCCAAGAGAGUAGGGGUCCUGGAGUGGCAGGCGUGGGAAGGAGAAAGGGAUCUGACAUUGGGGAAGACCCGUGAGGAGAAGAUUCUGUGGUGCUGGCUGCUCCGGGAGUAGAAAACAUUAUGUGGGCUUGUCUGUUGGGGCCUUCUAGGAAUGGUCACAUCUGGGGAACGACUCUCGUAUGGAGAGGGGUAACUGGAGAAAGGGCCCUUGUAGGAAUAUUGGGUAGUGCAGGGUGGGGGAGGGCAGGGGUCCAGUGGGGGGAGAAAGGGAGAUCACCGUGAGCGUGGGAAGACACCUCCCCGUUGCUCCCAUCGGGAGGAACGUGUUGAUUGGGAGGGGGUCUCGGGGUGACCCAGGGAAGAGCCCAGUGUGACCGCAGGAAAGUGGACUAUGGUGAGGGAGGCUCCCAGGAGAAGGCCCUGCUAGGGGGAGAGGACUUGGUGUGACCGGAGGGUGUCUUGGGGGAGAGAUGUGUGCUGGUGUGGGAGCGUGCCCCAGAGGCGGCUCUCGGGUCACCCCGGUGUGGCUAGGAGAUCCCCGAGGACCCCGACACGGUUCCAGGGCCUGCAGAGGGCUCGGCUGUGGUGAAGGGGGAGGGGCGGCCAGAUCCGGAGUCCUCUGGCUUAGAGGAGCCUGUGGGACGGGGUGAGCCCCUGGUGCUCAGGGAAGACUGCAGGAGGGGCCCAGGCGGCCACAGGUCUCAGCGGCGGUGGCAGCCGAGGUGCAGGAUGCGAGAAGGCGCCCCCCGGCCGGGCUCCCGCUCCAGGCCUCGCACCCCUGCGGCCCUCUGAGCCCACCAUGGCUGUCCCACCAGGCCAUGGUCCCUUCUCUGGCUUCCCAGGGCCCCAGGAGCACACGCAGGUGCUGCCUGAUGUGCGGCUGCUGCCCCGGAGGCCGCCCCUGGCCUUCCGGGACGCCACCUCAGCCCCGCUGCGCAAGCUCUCUGUGGACCUCAUCAAGACCUAUAAGCACAUCAAUGAGGUGUACUAUGCCAAGAAGAAGCGGCGGGCCCAGCAGGCGCCGCCCCAGGACUCCAGCACCAAGAAGGAGAAGAAGGUCCUGAACCACGGUUACGAUGACGACAACCAUGACUACAUCGUGCGCAGCGGCGAGCGCUGGCUGGAGCGCUACGAGAUCGACUCGCUCAUCGGCAAAGGCUCCUUCGGCCAGGUGGUGAAAGCCUAUGACCAUCAGACCCAGGAGCUGGUGGCCAUCAAGAUCAUCAAGAACAAAAAGGCCUUCCUGAACCAGGCCCAGGUCGAGCUGCGGCUGCUGGAGCUGAUGAACCAGCACGACACGGAGAUGAAGUACUACAUAGUGCACCUGAAGCGGCACUUCAUGUUCCGGAACCACCUGUGCCUGGUGUUCGAGCUGCUGUCCUACAACCUGUACGACCUCCUGCGCAACACACACUUCCGCGGCGUCUCGCUGAACCUGACCCGGAAGCUGGCGCAGCAGCUCUGCACGGCGCUGCUCUUCCUGGCCACGCCCGAGCUCAGCAUCAUCCACUGCGACCUCAAGCCCGAGAACAUCCUGCUCUGCAACCCCAAGCGCAGCGCCAUCAAGAUCGUGGACUUCGGCAGCUCCUGCCAGCUGGGCCAGCGGAUCUACCAGUAUAUCCAGAGCCGCUUCUAUCGCUCGCCUGAGGUGCUCCUGGGCACGCCCUACGACCUGGCCAUUGACAUGUGGUCCCUGGGCUGCAUCCUCGUGGAGAUGCACACUGGGGAGCCCCUCUUCAGCGGCUCCAAUGAGGUGGACCAGAUGAACCGCAUUGUGGAGGUGCUAGGCAUCCCGCCAGCCCCCAUGCUGGACCAGGCCCCCAAGGCCCGCAAGUACUUUGAGCGGCUGCCUGGGGGUGGCUGGACCCUACGAAGGACAAAGGAACUCAGGAAGGAUUACCAGGGCCCCGGGACACGGCGGCUGCAGGAGGUGCUGGGCGUGCAGACGGGCGGGCCCGGGGGCCGGCGGGCGGGGGAGCCGGGCCACAGCCCCGCCGACUACCUCCGCUUCCAGGACCUGGUGCUGCGCAUGCUGGAGUACGAGCCCGCCGCCCGCAUCAGCCCGCUGGGCGCUCUGCAGCACGGCUUCUUCCGCCGCACGGCCGACGAGGCCACCAGCACGGGCCCGGCAGGCAGCAGUGCCUCCACCUCGCCCGCACCCCUCGACACCUGCCCCUCCUCUAGCACCACCAGCUCCAUCUCCAGCUCGGGAGGCUCCAGUGGCUCCUCCAGCGACAACCGGGCCUACCGCUACAGCAACCGCUACUGUGGGGGUCCCGGGCCGCCCAUCACUGACUGUGAGAUGAACAGCCCCCAGGUCCCACCCUCCCAGCCGCUGCGCCCCUGGGCAGGGGGUGAUGUGCCCCAUAAGACACAUCCAGCCCCUACCUCUGCCUCGUCACUGCCGGGGCCCGGGGCCCAGAUGCCCCCCCAGCCCCGCUGCCUUGGCCGGCCCCCGUCACCAACCUCACCGCCACCCCCGGAGCUGAUGGACGUGAGCCUGGCGGGCGGCCCUCCGGACUGCUCCCCGCCUCACCCCGCGCCUGCCCCCCAGCACCCGGCUGCCUCAGCCCUGCGGACUCGGAUGACGGGAGGUCGCCCGCCUCUCCCACCCCCUGAUGAUCCUGCCACUCUGGGGCCUCGUCUGGGCCUCCGGGGUGUGCCGCAGAGCACGGCGGCCAGCUCAUGACCCUGCCCCCUCCCUGGGGCCCCUCCUGAAGCCAUACCCUCCCCCCACGUGGGGGCCCUGGGCUCCCAUCCUCAUCUCUCCCCUUGACUGGAAUUGCUGCUACCCAGCGGGGGCGGGUGAGGCCUGCACUGACGGGCCUGGGGCAGGGGGUCGAGGAGAGGGGUUUGCUCAGACCCUCCCACUAAGGACUGGACCCUUGGCUCCCCCUCCCCCCUUGUUUUCUAUUUAUUGUACCAAAGACAGUGGUGGUCCGGUGGGGGGAGGCUCCCCUCCUCCCAGGGCCCUAGGAGGGGGCGGGGGCAGGUAGGGGGAGAUGGCCUUGCUCCUCCUUGCUGUACCCCCCAGUAAAGAGCUUUCUCACA